GUGACCGACGUUCCUUGUUUUGGCUUUGACGGAUUAACCGAAACAGAAAAUCGCCGCUUCAUUGAGGUGCCAUGGCACGUACAAAACAGACCGCUCGUAAAUCCACUGGUGGUAAAGCCCCCAGGAAGCAGCUGGCCACUAAAGCGGCCAGGAAGAGUGCGCCCUCCACCGGCGGAGUCAAGAAGCCCCACAGAUACCGUCCUGGAACUGUGGCUCUUCGUGAGAUCCGUCGGUACCAGAAGUCCACAGAGUUGCUGAUCCGCAAGCUUCCCUUCCAGCGUCUGGUUCGUGAGAUCGCUCAAGAUUUCAAGACCGACUUGCGUUUCCAGAGCGCUGCCAUCGGUGCCCUGCAGGAGGCAAGUGAAGCAUACCUGGUGGGUCUGUUUGAGGACACUAACUUGUGCGCCAUCCACGCCAAACGUGUCACCAUCAUGCCCAAAGACAUCCAGUUGGCCCGUCGAAUCCGUGGAGAACGUGCUUAAACUCUCUACUAUUUACUCUUUUUGUGUGGAGGAAUAUAUGGGGGUGGGGCUUGUCGUGUGGGUGGGUCAGGGGUGGGAGGGGCAUCUGGGGUUCUUACACUCUUGACUAUAAAUGCCUGUGUAGUUUAAGUUUAUUUUUUGUAUUUUUCAGUAGUGGCGGUAGGGAAGGGGUAUCUUGUGAUUGAAGUUGGUAGUGGGGACGGGCGGGGGGGCAGCGUCAGAACAUUCCGGGAGCUCCUCAGGGUUUUAAAGUUUGUAUUUUAGACUUUCAUAUACCUCUGCCUAGUCUGCAUGCUUCAUGAUGAAUUUAGAACGUGUCCCAUUUUUAUUUCUCUCGUUAUUAUAUUGGGUUUCUCCUCUUCUAUUGUGGCCAUUUGGUUGUAAAUAAACUUUCCACUACCUCAAA